CCGGCAUGCCGCGGGCGUGCACUCUCACUAUGACCUCGUUGACUUGCCGUAGCUUAUAGAUCAUGUGAUUCCCACUGAUUGCUGAGGUUUCGCGUAUCACAUGCACAAACACGGAGCGGGGAGAGCACCCGUACAGAGACCGCAGCCCGGAGUCGAGACAUGGCCAACGUGUCCAACAGGGUGUCCUGGUCAGGGCGGGAGCUGCCGGAGGAGGACGGGGAGCACACGCCGCUGCUCAAUGGCACCAGCCCUGGGGGCGCUAACAGACCGUUUUCUAGUUCAAUCCUUUUCCGCAUCGGUCAGCUGAGUACCGUGGACCUGGAAGAUGAGAACCAGGAGUCGGAAACGGAACUGUCCACAGUCGUUAAAGAAAUCCCACAUAAUGAGAACCUACUCUCCCUGAAAUAUGAGAGUUUGGAUUAUGACAAUAGUGAAAACCAACUGUUUAUGGAAGAGGAGCGUAGGAUAAAUCACGCGGCAUUCCGAACUGUGGAGGUCACGCGCUGGGUCAUUUGCGGCAUGAUUGGAAUUCUCACCGGGCUCAUCGCUUGUUUUAUCGACAUUAUGGUGGAGCAACUGGCGGGUGUCAAAUACAGAGUCAUUAAAAACAAUAUUGACAAAUUCACAGAAAAGGGAGGACUGUCGUUCUCACUGCUGCUCUGGGUAACCCUAAAUGCUGCCAUUGUUAUGAUUGGAUCCCUGCUAGUCGCCUUCAUAGAGCCUGUGGCAGCUGGGAGUGGGAUCCCCCAAAUUAAGUGUUUCCUAAAUGGUGUGAAGAUUCCUCAUGUAGUGAGGCUUAAGACCCUUGUGAUAAAGGUGUGCGGUGUCAUAAUGUCUGUAGCAGGAGGACUGGCAGUGGGAAAGGAAGGGCCGAUGAUUCACUCCGGGGCUGUGGUGGCAGCUGGAAUUUCCCAAGGAAGGUCGACCUCUCUCAAGAAGGACUUUAAGAUAUUUGAAUAUUUCCGCAGAGACACAGAGAAAAGGGAUUUUGUGUCAGCAGGGGCGGCAGCCGGCGUCUCAGCAGCUUUUGGGGCACCAGUCGGUGGGGUGCUUUUUAGCUUGGAGGAAGGGGCCUCUUUCUGGAACCAGCUGCUCACUUGGAGAAUAUUCUUCGCCUCCAUGAUCUCCACGUUCACCCUGAACUUUGUCCUGAGCUUUUACAACCACAAGCCGGGUGACCUGUCCAACCCUGGUCUCAUAAACUUCGGGAGGUUUGACACAGAUGAAAACAGCUACAAGUACUUUGAACUUCCAAUCUUUAUUGGGAUGGGAGCAGUGGGUGGCAUGCUGGGAGCUCUGUUUAAUGCUUUGAACAACUGGCUGACCAUGUUCAGGAUCAGGUACUUGCACAGCCGGGGCCUGCAGGUGAUUGAAGCCGUGUUGGUGGCGGCUGUGACGGCCGCUGUGUCCUUUGUUAUGAUUUAUUGCUCCUCAGACUGCCAGCCUCUGCGGGAGGGAGCCGGCGAAUACCCACUACAGCUGUUCUGUGCAGAUGGAGAGUAUAACGCCAUGGCGUCUGCGUUCUUCACCACCCCAGAGACCAGCGUUCGCAGGCUCUUCCACGAUCCAGCAGGUUCCUUUAACCCUCAGACCCUGGGCCUCUUCACUCUGAUGUAUUUCUUCCUGGCUUGCUGGACAUACGGCCUGACUGUAUCUGCCGGCGUGUUCAUCCCGUCUCUACUUCUAGGAGCUGCGUGGGGGAGGCUCUUUGGAAUCCUGUUAACAAACAUUUCAAAUGAGUCAAUUUCAUGGGCCGACCCUGGGAAGUAUGCACUGAUGGGAGCCGCAGCCCAGCUCGGUGGCAUCGUAAGGAUGACCUUGAGCCUCACAGUCAUCAUGGUGGAAGCCACUGGAAACGUCACCUACGGUUUCCCGAUCAUGCUUGUCCUCAUAACAGCUAAAAUAGUUGGAGACAUAUUUAUUGAGGGUCUUUAUGAUCUUCACAUUAAGCUGCAGAGUGUUCCAUUCCUGCACUGGGAAGCUCCGGUCACCUCUCAUUCCCUCACUGCCCGGGAAAUAAUGAGUACCCCGGUCACCUUCCUGCGCAGGAGGGAGAAAGUGGGCAUCAUCGUGGAUAUCCUCAGCAAGCCCACAUCUAACCACAAUGGCUUUCCUGUGGUGGAGAAUAAUGGAACCACCGGUCAGGCCCCCCGAUUAUGUGGCCUGAUUCUGAGAUCCCAGCUGAUUGUACUCCUGAAACACAAGGUUUUUGUUGAGCGGGAAAAUCUGAGCGUGAUUCAGGGGCGCUUGAAGUUGAAAGAUUUUCGAGAUGCCUAUCCCCGCUUCCCACCAAUCCAGUCUAUCCACGUGUCCCAGGACGAGCGGGAGUGUCUGAUGGAUAUGACAGAGUUCAUGAAUCCCACGCCCUACACUGUACCUCAGGAAGCCUCAUUACCCAGAGUGUUCAAGUUAUUCCGAGCCCUCGGUCUCCGGCACCUGGUGGUGGUGGAUAAUCAUAACCGGGUUGUGGGUUUGGUGACCAGAAAAGAUCUCGCUCGCUAUCGAAUUGGAAAAAACGGGCUGGAGGAGAUGUGUUUGGCGCAGACGUGAUUAUUCUAUAUAUAUCUUACUUUUCAGUGGACAUUAGCAGUUCUGGGAACUUGCAGCACAGAGACAACAUUGCACUGGAGGCAGCCUGUGCUUUUAUAUGGUCCAGGAAUAAACUGCAGACCCGAAUUACUGUAGAACUAUCCACACUGCCUGCAAAAGGCUGAAGCAUUAGCGUUUUCAAAUUGACACAUUUUAUCUGCCGCUGUUACACAGCUGUCACACGGGAGUCAUCAUUGUGCGUGUUUGUCCAAUACUCUCACGUAUCCAGCCAAUCGGCUCACUAGGAACCAGUGACAUGAGACUGGAUAUUCCAUAGGUCAGCCUACAGAAUAUCUACUUCCAGUGUCCGUCAUCAAAUACCCUUUUAAAGAAAUCAUCCUAGUACUUGUAAGUUGGAAAUGUUUUCUAUCCAGCAAUCCAUUAAUUGUUACAGUGCUUAUAUUGAGCGCCAGUCAUGCACAAUGCAUGGUGGUCUGGGGGACCUCUUAAAAAACAUAAAUCAAAAACAUAUACUUUCUCUUACGUCCUAGAGGAUGCUGGGGACUCCGUAAGGACCAUGGGGGUUUAGACGGGCUCCACAGGAGACA